AUGGACAUCCAAGGCUUGAUUGAACCAUCACAACAGGAGCAGGAUUCCCUACCCCCUGCAGCGUCUCCUCAAUCCGAGGCGAUAUCGAUCCAAUUCGCAGUCGACCAUAAGUCUGGUUCCUUAAGCGAAGCACAGCGACGCAAAGAUAAUACCGAGGCAUCGCGACGAUACCGAGAGCGCAGAAGGGAGAAGCAUCUAACGCUGGCCGAAAAUGGUCGAGUCGGUGCAUUGAUAGUGCAGGAUUUCCAGGACAAAAUUAUUAUUCUUCCCCAAAAUGACAUCCUCGUCAAAUGCCAAGAGCUUUUCGAUACAGAGGCAUUCGUAUUCACACCACAGCAAGUGUUCAUCGCUAUUAAGAAGAUGUCAACAGCAAAUGAGGACUAUUGCCAAGAGCUUCAAUUCCUCUUCCGCACUAUGCAGACAACGCUGUGCUUGCCUGGUGUUUAUGAUUCUGAUGAGGGCCGUCUUAUUCGACUUUCUAUUGCAUAUUCCCGAGUAUUUUCACUUCUCGGAGCUGAGCAGCACUGUCCUGGACUUUUGAAAAACGAAUGUAAUUUGGUGGACAUCCAGGAUAUUGGCCGUGGGAGGUGGGAGAUAAAGAUUCGUUUUUUGGGUUCACAACACGUUGUGCCGUUGAAAGGUAGCUUAUUGGGGCUUACCGAGCAAAUCAAGUUCGAAUGA